CCUCGGUCGGCGCAUAAAAAUACAUCCGUUACCAAGAGUGGAUCAAAGCUUUAUCCGGCGUCGGGGUUAGAUAUGAACUGAAUAACAAUCGUCAUCAUCCUUCAGCUUGAGCUUUACGAUUCUUGAGUUAUUGAUUGUCUUCUUCUGUUUCUGCUCAAAGUACCAACAUGGCCUCUAGAAGAAUAUCCUUGAGUUAUCUGUCGAGAUAUAGUCAAAGCGCAUUGCGAUUGACAUCAUCUUGCCCAAGGACCACCUUCAACCCCUCCUACACUAUCCGACGACUUCAAACCACACCUAAACUAUGCGAGCAAGCAAACGUGGGGAAGAAACGAGACCCAGCCCCAAAAAUUGUGCGGGGUGAAUCCAAAGUUUUCAAGGAUGCAGAUGCAGCCGUGGCAGAUUUGAAAAGUGGCUCAAUUAUUCUGAGUGCUGGAUUUGGAUUAUGUGGUACAGCAGGUAGGCAGAUAUAUACAUCUUGACAUACAGUGCUGUUCUAAGUUAUAUGGAAUACCAGAAACGAUAAUUGCAGCCAUUGAACGAAGGGGAGCAAAUGACCUUCACUCCUUGACCGCGGUCUCGAAUAAUGCUGGAGCAGCAGGCGGUGGUGGACUUUCCCCUCUGGUGCAGUCCGGACAAAUUGAUAGAUUGAUCCUAUCAUUCAUCGGCACGAACAAAUUUUUGGAGAAAAAGUAUUUGUCUGGCAAAAUUGCGAUUGAACUUUGUCCACAAGGUACAAUUGCUGAGAGAAUCCGAGCUGGAGGUGCUGGUAUACCUGCUUUUUUCACACCAACUGGUGUCAGUAAGUAAUUUCUAUAGAUAACUCAUUUGAAAAUAAGCUUUAACAAUGCGGUAGAUACACUUUUGCAAACCGGAGAUAUCCCCGUACGACUAGGUCCAGUAGAUGACGCAACCGGUAAAGCAACAAUUCUUGAACCCGGAAAACCAAGAGAGACGCGAAUUUUCGACGGAAAAAUAUAUGGCAUGGAAACGGCAAUCAAAGCUGACGUCGCCAUUCUUCGAGCACACAAGGUAGACGAGGCAGGAAACGUUCAGUUCAGAUAUACUACAAAAGCAUUUGGGCAGGUCAUGGGAAAAAACGCCAAAGUUACAAUCGUGGAAGCCGAAAAUAUUGUUCCGGUUGGAGAUAUCCACCCAGAUCAUGUUCAUCUGCCGGGGAUUUAUGUUGACCGCAUAGUUCCUGCGGAAGUAGAGAAGGUUAUCGAGAUACGGAAGUUGAAGGAGGUAGAGGGUCAAAGCGAUGGAAAGAAACCAGACUCUCAAUUACGAAGAGAAAGAAUAGCCAGGAGAACCGCAAAGGAACUCAAACAUGGUUAUUAUGUCAAUCUUGGCGUUGGAAUUCCUACACUGGCACCAUCUUAUCUGUCCCCAGAGAGCAAAGUUUGGAUUCAAUCAGAGAAUGGGCUUUUGGGGAUGGGCGCAUAUCCCACAGAAGACCAAAUUGACGCGUGAGUACUGGAGAAGAAGUCAUUAAGUUCCUCACUAAUAUCUACAAGGGAUAUAAUCAAUGCUGGGAAGGAAACAGUAACCCUUGUCCCUGGAGCUUCAACAUUUGAUAGUGCUGAAUCUUUUGCCAUGAUUCGUGGGGGCCACGUUGAUGUUUCAGUACUCGGUGUAAGUAUUCAUAUUCUGCUUCCAUCUCUAUAUUUAUGCUCAUGUAAUUUUAGGCGCUCGAGGUAAGCUCAAAUGGAGACUUGGCCAACUUUAUGAUUCCUGGAAAGGUUUUCAAAGGCAUGGGCGGAGCUAUGGAUCUCGUCGGAAACCCAGACCAGACAAAGAUCGUGGUUGCAACAGACCACGUAGCGAAAGAUGGAAGCCCAAAGAUUUUGGACCAGUGUUCAUUGCCAUUAACAGGUGCAAGAUGUGUUAGCACAAUUAUCACAGACCUGGUGAGUAGUUAUCUGGCGAACGAAUUUGAACUAGGCUAAUUAUGUACACAGUGCGUUUUUGAAGUGGACAGAAAAAAGGGAGGGUUGACUCUCACAGAGCUGGCACCUGGCGUUGACGUUGAGAUGAUCCGACAGAAAACUGGGGCCAAGUUCGCGGAAGCUGAUGUUAUUAAAUCUAUGGAAUGAGCUCCGCCAUGUACCGUGAAAUGUAAGAUUUUCAAGACCCUAGCAUUUAUCCUUGACGAUUGAAGAGGCAAUGAACUUGUACGAAAG